GAUAGAGCGGGAGGGAAAGAACAGUAUAAGACAGUGAAGAAAGUGUGGGAGGGAGUGAAACUCAAAUGGACACAGGCAGGUUACUUUAGCGGGGGUGCCCCGUCUAAAGGGCAACUCACCUUUAUGAAGAAAGGACUAGAGGUGGCAGUUGAGAAAGCCGAGGAAGAGCUGAGAAUAGGGACAUGGGCAAUAGUGGAGAGCAGGAGGGUGCAACCAAAGAAAACAGAUACGAUGUGUGUGGCCACUGAAGCAGCUUCCCCAGAGGCCAGUACCAGCACCACUCCUGGCCCCACCUCACUAUACAGCCUAACAGGCACCAUGACUUUUGGCCCACAACCACGACCAUGGCCUCAGCAGGGCACCCCAUUAGGUCCUCCAAGAGGAGGGAACUACCUGUGUUACAAUUGUGGAGGAGCUGGACAUUUUAGGCGUGAUUGUAAGGAACACCCACAAUUUAACCAUCAACCCCAAUGGAGGGGAAGAGGCAGAGGUACACCACAAUGGAGAGGUAGAGGAAGGGGAGGACCCCCACAAUACCAGACUCAAUGGGGACAGCCAAGGCCACAAGGUAAUGGGGGGGCCUGUUACAAUUGUCAAACCAACAGCCUAACCAGCAGCCAGCUCCUACCUUCCAGGGCAUGUCAGACGAAUAUCCUCCCUGGCCCUGAAGCUGCCCACCACCACAGAACGGGAAUGGGGGUCAGCAUUUUCCACUUCAUACUGAACCAACUGUCAUGUGUGAAGUGGAGGGAGUUACCCACCAAUUUUUGGUAGAUACAGGAUGUACGUACUCUGCCAUAAGAUCUCGUCAACCACUCUCUUCGGAAUCAAUACAGGUGGUGGGGGUAUCAGGAACACCCGAAGCACAAAACACCAUAGGUCCCUUGCUCUUCCAAUGGGGCCCUUCCAAUUUGAAGCAUCAAUUCCUAUAUUGUCCCAACUGUCCAAUCAACCUAUUAGGAAGGGACCUAUUGUGCAAACUGAAAUGUUCAAUCUACCUUACCGAAAAGGGUGUGGAGGUUUCCAUUGAUCCCAUUACCUCCACACCAGUUCAUCCAGUUAGGGUGCUGAUGCUACCCAUCAUCCCAACUCCAGUGCUCUCCCUGACCCAAGAGAUAUACUGGUUGAAGUGCAUCGAAUCCGGCCAAGGAACCCCUGAGGUUCAAUUCAAGUUCAACCAGCUGAGACAACUCAUUUACACAUUUCACCCAUACAAGACUCCUCAAGCUGAAAUACACUGUACACUUAAUGUGACUGAUAAUGAUGUCAACCCAUAUACCGAUGACUGGGAUGAAAACAUGAUGCACCUGACACCAACAAUCAGAUGUUGUACCAUAGUGUGUGGACAGGAAGGAGUGGCUGCUCCGGUUAUCCUACCUUCCCAUUUGAAAUCCUGGUACCUACUGGGCGAAGAAUCUGCUCCCCAUGUUACACUGGCAGUUGGAAACGGUUUUGAAGCAAGGAGCCUUGGGCCUAUGAUCAGAAGAGCAUCCAAACUCCAGUGGGAACCCACCCAAACUCCAGGAAUAACCAAAGCCACCACUGAGAACAUGUGGAGGUUUAUGACAGUUGACACAGAGGAACAUUGCCUUCCUGAACGUUUGACUCUCCCAAGACACCAUGGUAAACCUUACACAGACCACCCCUCAUCACAAGCACUGCUUUCCACCAUUGAUGAAGGCAUAUGGACACACACCCCAUUUGAUGUUGGACAACUACAGGUGGAACCAGUCACCAUCACCUUACUCAACCCUGAUCAAAUUCCUAUCUACCGAACACAGUACCGUCUGAAACCUGAACAGACCAGGGGGAUCAAACCAACCAUAGAUGGGUUGUUGGGAGCUCGUGUCAUAUAUCGCACUGUGUCUCCAUGGAACACACCAAUCUUACCAGUCUUGAAAGCAGGAGGCGAAACAUACCGGAUGGUACAAGACUUCCGAGCAGUGAACGACGUCACUGCACCCAUUGACCUACCUGUCCCUGACCCUCACAUUACACUGAGUAAUCUCUCACCAAAACACCAAUACUUCACCGUUGUGGAUCUGGCUAAUGCCUUCUUCAGCAUUCCACUGGAUGAGGCUUCACAGCCUCUCUUUGCCUUCACAUAUGAACAUCAACAGUAUACGUAUUCGGUUCUUCCACAGGGUUACAGGUGUUCUCCCGGAAUCUUCAAUCAUAUCCUAAAGACACACCUGGCUGAAUUGAAAAUCCCUGAAGGAGUGAUACUCAUCCAAUAUGUAGAUGACCUUUUGCUGGGGGCUCCCACAUCUGAUCUCUGUCUACAAAUGACAAAAACCCUACUUGACUUCUUGGCUGUCAAAGGCUACAAGGUCAAAAUGAGCAAAGUCCAGUCCUGUCGCAGAACUGUCCUUUUCCUUGGCAGAGAAAUCUCAGGAGAAGGUGCUGGUCUCUCGAAAUCCCACCGAGAUUCCAUACUCCAUCAUCCACGUCCCAUCACAGUGUCAGGCAUGUUGUCCUUCCUGGGGUUGACAGGGUACAGCCGUACCCACAUCCCUGACUACACAUCCAGGACUGAACCACUGAGAGAAAUAGUGAGAGAAGCAGGACCAAGAAACUUACACUCCUCACUUACCUGGACACCUGAAGCAUCAACAGCAUUUGCUCUCCUAAAAACCGAUCUCUCGGUGGCAGCAGCUCUGA